AUGACUUGCGUGGUAUCCUCGCCUUGGCACUCGUUCAACAACUCGACUUAUGGAUGGUCGCCGAUGAAUCCUGAAGACAGUAUCACGCCGACUUCGGCGGCGGACCGGACGCAGUAUGGUUACAUCUCUUCGGAAUCCGAAUCACGACUACACUCUAGUGGAGGCUCGAAGAAGCGGGCCUCCAGAGCGGGGACGAGGAGUGUGUCAACCCUGUCAGCGGCACAGUUGGAGCGGAAGCGAGCCAACGAUCGAGAGGCACAGCGAGCAAUUCGACAGAGGACCAAGGACCACAUCGAGCAUCUGGAGCGCAACAUCAGUGAUCUUCGAGCGGCCCACGAAUCUAGCGAGAAGAUAGCUGCAGUCGCGCAUCAGCGCAGUCGGGAGCUGGAGGAAGAGAAUGGCUUCCUUCGAUCCAAACUGGGCGAGUUUGGUUACUCUGUGCCAGUGCCUCCUCCUUCAGAAAGUCAGCGGCCACCAGAUCAGCAUAUGAUUCCCAUGCAUGCAACCUCACCUGGUUCCCAAGUUGUGGGAGCAAGCAUACCGCGUCCCCCAUCAACUUCCACUCCUCGAAGUGCACUCUCCGUGACGACCUCGCAGUCCUCAAACUCCCGACAUGGUUCCUGGCAGCAAGGAGCCACUCAUCUCGGCGUGAGCGGCGCAAGUGCCCCCGCGAGCUUACCAGCUCACUCUUCCGUCCAGCUCGGUCCUGGUCUGACAAGCUGGCGGUCACAAGACAGCACCCAAAGUGUCCACAGCACUCCCGGCGGCAUGCCGGAGCAGCAUUCUCUCCAUACCCAGGUGCCGUACGUGAGCGCCAACCCAGCCGAUCGACCCCAAUGGAGCGUACGCCAGCCAUACCCGUACCAGGAACCCCAACGCACACCCUCCCAAACCCAAGCCCAAGCAUCGCCCCAACCCCAACCCCAAUACGCACAACCGCAGGUCCCCAACUACCCACCCGGCGCCGCGCCCCAACCACAAAGCUACGUGGCUCCUCCGCAGAGCGAAUUCCAAAGCAUGACCGUGCAGAGUCCCGCCAACUACCAAGUCUCGCAACAACAACCCUACCCUCCCCAGCAGCACUACCAAAUGGCGCCGGUGGAACAGGUCCCUCCGACCGCACCGGGGGCGCAAUACGCUCCGCAGCCUGGCCAACUACAUCCGCCGCAGAUUAUCCCUGCGGCGUACCAGCACCCGCAGGGCGAGCAAGGGUAUGCGCAACAGCAGAUGCAUGCGUAUCGAGAGGAUCCGGGGCAGCAGGGGGGUUAUUCGAUGACGCAUUAUCCGAGUGGAUAG